CCGAUAUUGACAUGAGCCACACGAGACGCGCGUACGUUUUUAGUGAUUUAUUCAAAAGUUUCUUGACUUCACGUUUGUGACAGUGACCAAAAUGAGUUACAAUCAUUCGGAUUACGCUUUAACAAAACUUGUGAUGAAUUUUUUAAGUGAUGACAUCUAUAAUUAUACUAAUCAUAGUGAAGUGACGCAAACGCAUCUGUUUGAUUUGUACGAAGCGUACAGAACCAAGGAACGAGAACAACUCAGUGCUUAUAAAUCAAUCGCUUAUGUGUUUGGUGUUGUGAUAUUCCUCAGCAAUCUGACAGUAGUCAUCUCCAGUGGUCUUAUCAUUAAAAAAGGUCAACAACCAAAAAGUACAUAUCUUCUUCUCGGAAAUGUCUCCCUUGCCGACACAAUCAUCGGAAUAUCGAUCAUUUUCGGAGCCAGCGUUGAAACGGCCGCAAGCUCAAACACGCUGUGCAUUUUCCAAAUUGGUAUGCUGGUUUGUCCAGCCAUGGUGUCAAUAUUCAGCGUCGGCAUGAUCGCCGUGGAUCGCUAUAUCUACAUAUUACACGGAUUGUAUUACCAAAGAUGGUGCAAUACCACCAAAGUGAGAAUUAUCAUAAUGUGUAUUUGGAUGAUCAGUUUAACUCUUGGAUUCAUGCCCAUCACUGGUCUGGUGAACGAAGAUCACAUAGAUAUUAAAUGCACCUACGUUUCACUCUUUCCGAGUAUUUUGAUACUAAUAAAUUCACUUUUAAGUAUAAUACCAAUAAUAUUAGUAGCAGUUCUGUAUACCAUUAUACUUUUCAAAGCUCUUAAGAAUGCUAAACAGAUAAAUAAUACAUCGAAAACUGUUAGAAUUAAAUCGUCCAGCGACUCUCCAGAAAUAAGGGCUUACCGUGGACAUGGGAAUUAUAAAGCAACACAAUCAGUGAAAGUUGCUAGAAAACUAAGCGUAACCAAAAUUAAAAGGAGUGCUUCAUUUGAUACUGCCGAUGGACAUAAAACAGAAUUUAAAACACAAAAAGAUAAAUCAAGAAGUUCCGAAAAUAUUAGCAAUGAUCAAAAGGCAAAUUUGAAUAAUGACAUGACUUAUUCCAAAACAUCAAACAAACAUGUAUUUGACACAAGUUUUCUCACUAUCAGUACGUCGACGAUUAUAAAUGAUUCGAUAGCUGAUAUAAGGCAAUCGCCUCAUAAAAUUGCAAAAGCCAUAGCAAAUUGCACAACCCGUUGCAAAGUGAAGAUGAAAGAGCCCAACAGAUUAAGAGCGGUCUUAAUAGUGAUGCUAACAACGGGCAGUUUUAUAACGACAUGGAUACCGUUUUUUAUAACGGCUAUAAUCUACGUAUUCUGUGAGGAAAAACUGACAAAUCCAAAAUGCAUAGAUAUGAGAAUAUUAUUACGAGGCCCGCUAGCUGUAAUAGCUUUUUGUAAUAAUAUCUUAAAUCCUUUGAUUUACGCCUGGUGGCAUAAAGGAUUCCAACAAAGUAUCAAGACAUACUUCCAGAAGUACAUUAAAAGUAUAUUCAAAAAUCCUUACCUCUGAUAAAUUUAAACGAUUUUUAUGUGAAAUAAUAUAUUUUAGGUAGCGUACGAUACUCGCGAGAUUUACUCGUGUAAAAUGUCUACUUGGCAUUAUGCUUUUUACUCCAAGUUGAGUAACCACAAGCUAAAUAACGUCACAAUUUGUUUCUCAUCAGCAUGUGAUCUAUAU